AUAGCCGCUUAAUAUCUGGCAACAUUGUGGCCGAACAGGCGUUAAGGUAUUUCUUUGGCAACAUUUCCGACGCGCCCAUUUAAGCCGAGUCUGUCAACUGGCGGCAAAGCGCGAAGACGUCGUUCCCAGCUCGUUUUCGAGCUUCUUUUUCGUCAGUCAGUCAGCCAAGUGUUUAUUUUCGUUUUGGACUUCAAGUCGCGUUUGCGUUUAUUUUUAUCGCCACUCGUUUGAGGGCCUGCAAUUGAAAUUCCUCCCAAGUGCCGGAGUUUCGUUUACUACAAGCAAGUGAAAACGAUCGAGGAAGUUGAAAAACAGUCACCUAAUUGGGGGCAGCGAUUCGAAGCGGCCCAAAUGAGAUUGAAACGCUUUGAAAUCGCGUCAAAGAGACCGGGCAAUUGCCAUUUGCAAUUCAGCAAUUGCGGAUCGAAUUGACCGAACAAAUUGUGGCACUCGCAAGGGGAGAAACACACCUGCUUCAUCUGCUCCAUCUACUCCAUCUGCUCCAUCGAACCUGUGCCGAAGGUCGACCGCAUCUUUACAGGCCUUCGACUCUGCGUCACUCUCCCAAGAAUGUGUUAAUUCGGUGAUUCAACAACAACAUUAACAACAACAACCGCGAAUGCCUAUAAAGCGGAUCGGUUUGCCGCCUGACGACAUAAGAUUUGCAUAAAAAAGUAAACAAACUCGGCUUAAAAUAAGAAAACAAAGUGGUGGGGGAGAAACCAAAACAAAAACAAAUCAACCCACCUGCCAUGAUAAAAACAAAACGACGAAUCAAAUGUAAAUGAUUUUUAACAUAUUAGUUUUACGAUCACAGUAACAACAAGGAAAAUGGAAUAAUAUGAUAUAAUAUUAAAUAUAAUUGAAUAAUUAAAAAGUGAUAGCAAAAUUUUAAACAUGUGAAGAUAGUGAAAACAUUACGAUCACAGUAGCAGCGAGCAAAAUGGAAUAAUAUAAUAGAUUAUAAUGUUAUAUAUAAUAGAAUAUUUAAAAAGUGAUAACAAAAUUUUAACCAAGUAGAGUAAGUGAAAACAAGUGACACAAAAAAACAUAAAAAGGAGUGUCAUUUAUUUUCUCCUUUAAUUGCUUCAGUUAAAAAACUUUAUAAUCAAAAAUAUUGACUUAUGACCGUUUUGAUCUGUGAUCCUUAAAAGAAAUACAAAUGAUGACAAUGCGGCCACAUCGAAAGCGCUUGGAGCUGCUCCUGAUGUUGCUCAUCGGAUUGUCCUGGGGCAUUUUGCUGUCUCAAUUGAUGCAAAGGGAUCGAUGGCAGGAUCAUGAGGAUCGACAGGUGGACAGCAGUCCAAGGAGCUCCCUUCCGACCAGUCGAAGGAGCAGUUCGAGUCCCACGGAUCCUUCCAUCAUUCCAACCACCACCACCACCACACCUCCUCCUCCGGAUGUCGGGAAGGUCCCCAAUCUCUUCAAUGAGACACGGGUCCUUUGCAUGGUGCUAACCAGCCCGAAGACCCACCAAAGUCGCGCCAUCCACAUCCAGAGAACCUGGGGAGCGCGCUGCAACAAGCUGAUCUUCAUGAGCACCAAGGCGGACAAGCAGCUGGGAGCCGUGGCCUUGAAAGUCAGGGAGGGCUACUCGAAUCUGUGGCCCAAGAUCAGAGCAUCGCUGCAGUACGUCUACAAGCACCACUUCCAGAACUACGACUGGUUUCUAAAGGCUGACGAUGACACCUAUGUGAUAAUGGAGAACUUACGAUCCUUUUUAUAUGUAAACAAUCCGAAGAGCCCAGUUUAUUUUGGACAGAAGUUUCGAACUCAUGUCAAAGAGGGAUAUAUGUCGGGCGGAGCGGGCUACGUUCUGAGCAAAAUGGCCCUGCACCGAUUUAUGAAGUUCGGAUUUGGCAACGGCAGCAUUUGCAGCAGUAAGACCUACGGCUACGAGGACGUGGAACUCGGAAGAUGUCUGGCGGCGGUGGGCGUGGUGGGCGGAGAUUCCAGGGACGAACUCGGAUUGGCGCGAUUUGUGCCUUUCUCUCCACUUCAGUGGUAUCCAGAUCCUCCGCAGUGGUACAAGCCACUGCUAUAUUAUACAACUCCAAACGUCACCAACGAUUGCUGCUCAAGUUCUGCCAUAUCCUUUCACUACAACAUCGCCAAGGAGUUCUACGUGCUGGAAUACAUAAUCUAUAAGCUAAAAAUCUUUGGUGUCAGCAAGAGCCAGGAUAAUUUGCCAGCAAUGACACCCAUUUCUUGGACCACUUUUCACAACAAAAAAACAGAGCUUGGAAAAACGGCCCUCAAUAAAAUUUGGUCGGAGGAAAAUGCCACAAGCUCAAAUGUGGAAAUUAAGUCAAAGCUCAAGAUGUAAUCCUGCUUUGAUUUAUUUUAAAGAUUCUAUUGACUGCAAUAUAAAAUGCCAAAGAGUAAUGCCAUUUUUCUUAUAAACGUUAUCAAUUAAAUCAUGUAUAAUAUAAAACAUAAUUGUUAAAAUCGAUCUAUAAACCAAACUGCCCUCUCCA